GCAUUGGGCAGCAUCCCCCCAAUCUCCUCGCCCUGGUGCCUCGGACAGCCGCGGGACCCCUCGAACUUGGAGGCGACUGGGGAAGCAGGGCCUCCCCUGGAUGCCGGGAGAGCUUGGUAAAUUCCAUCUGAAAUCUGGGAGUCGCUGCCUGUGCUGAGUCAUCCAUCGGCCAGCUGGCGGCCGGCGGAGCUGCUGUGCAGGAGGGGCUGGGAGCCGGGAGAGGCUUGGCAGAGGCGGCGGCGGCGGGGAUGGGGCAGCCGAGGACCAUCGGCAAGGUGAGUGAGACAAUGUAGCACAACACAGGCUGAAAGGAGACUCCUGGAGCCUCGUGUGUGGGUUCCCUGGGCUCUCCUCCAUCCCUUGUCACAACUUCACAAUGUCCAAGAAGGGCAGCAGCAGCCGAACCAAGGGGGAGAAGCCUGAUGCCUUAGCCGCCUUGCAAGCUGCCAAUGAGGACCUGCGGGCCAAGCUUACAGACAUCCAGAUAGAGCUACAGCAAGAGAAGAGUAAGGUCAGUAAGGCCGAGCGGGAGAAAAACCAGGAGAUCCGGCAGGUGAAGGAGCACGAGCAGCAUAAAAACACCGUGCUGGUGACGGAGCUCAAAGCCAAGCUUCACGAGGAGAAGAUGAAGGAGCUGCAGGCCGUCCGCGAAGCGCUGCUGCGCCAGCAUGAGACGGAGCUGCUGCGCGUCAUCCGCAUCAAGGACAACGAGAACCAGCGGCUCCAGGCGCUGCUCGCCGCGCUCCGGGACAGCGCCCCCGACAAGGUGAAAACCGUGCUCAUCUCCGAGGCGCGGGAGGAGGCCAAGAAGGGCUUCGAGUUCGAGAAGAUCAAAAUGCAGCAGGAAAUCUCGGAGCUCAAAGGAGCCAAGAAGCAAGUGGAAGAAGCCCUGACCCUGGUCAUUCAGGCCGACAAGAUCAAAGCGGCCGAAAUCCGCAGUGUGUACCACCUCCACCAGGAGGAGAUCUCGCGGAUCAAGAGAGAGUGCGAGCGGGAGAUCCGCAGGCUGAUGGAGGAGAUAAAGUUUAAAGACAGAGCAGUCUGCGUGCUGGAGAGAGAGUUAGGGGUCCAAGCCGGGCAUGCUCAGAGACUUCAACUCCAAAAAGAGGCUUUAGAUGAACAGCUUUCUCAGGUCAAAGAGGCCGAUCGGCAUCUGGGCAGCCCCAAACGAGAGCUUCCUUUUGGCAGUGGUGCAGGAGACGCCUCAGACCACUCAGGAAGCCCUGAACAGCAGUUGGAUGAGAAAGAUGCCCGGCGCUUCCAACUUAAAAUUGCUGAAUUAAGUGCAAUCAUUAGGAAGCUGGAGGACCGCAAUGCCCUGCUUUCUGAAGAGAGAAAUGAACUGCUGAAGCGACUAAGAGAAGCAGAAAGUCAGUAUAGACCCUUGCUAGACAAAAACAAACGCUUGAGUAGGAAAAAUGAAGAUUUGUCCCAUGCUUUACGGAGAAUGGAAAACAAAUUGAAGUUUGUAACACAAGAGAACCUAGAGAUGAGACAGAGAGCUGGAUCAAUCAGGAGGCCAAGCUCCUUAAAUGACCUUGACCAGAGUCAAGAGGAAAGAGAAGUGGACUUCUUGAGAAUGCAAAUGGUGGAGCAGCAGAACCUGAUAGAUGAGCUGUCCAAGACCCUUGAGACAGCAGGAUAUGUGAAGAGUGUCUUGGAACGCGAUAAACUUUUAAGAUUCAGGAAGCAGAGAAAGAAAAUGGCCAAGCUCCCCAAGAAGCCAGUCGUGGAGACGUUUUUUGGAUAUGAUGAAGAAGCAUCCUUAGAGUCUGAUGGGUCUUCCAUCUCCUAUCAAACAGACAGAACAGAUCAGACUCCUUGCACACCAGAUGAUGACUUGGAGGAGGGUAUGGCCAAAGAAGAGACAGAGCUGAGAUUCCGCCAGCUGACCAUGGAAUACCAGGCUUUGCAGCGUGCAUAUGCCUUAUUGCAGGAACAAGUGGGAGGGACGUUGGAUGCAGAGCGAGAAGUUAAGACUCGUGAGCAGCUACAAGCAGAAGUACAGCGCUCCCAAGCACGAAUAGAUGACCUGGAGAAAGCCCUGGCUGAACAAGGACAGGACAUGAAAUGGAUAGAAGAGAAGCAGGCUCUCUAUCGCAGAAACCAAGAACUCGUUGAAAAGAUAAAGCAAAUGGAGACAGAAGCAGCACGGCUCAAACAUGACGUCCAGGAUGUGAAAGAUCAAAAUGAGCUCUUGGAAUUCCGGAUCUUGGAGUUGGAGGAGCGGGAAAGGAAAUCUCCUGCUAUCAACUUUCACCACACACCUUUUGUGGAUGGGAAAAGCCCCCUGCAAGUUUACUGUGAGGCUGAAGGCGUCACGGACAUCAUUGUGGCGGAGCUAAUGAAGAAGCUGGACAUUUUGGGGGAUAACGCCGUAAGUAAUCUGACCAAUGAGGAGCAAGUUGUUGUCAUCCAAGCGAGGACAGUUCUGACCCUGGCUGAGAAGUGGCUCCAGCAGAUAGAAGUGACUGAGUCUGCCCUGCAGCAAAAGAUGGUGGAUCUGGAGAAUGAGAAGGAGCUAUUUAGUAAACAGAAGGGCUAUCUGGAUGAAGAGCUUGACUACAGGAAGCAAUCUUUGGACCAAGCACACAAGCAAAUCCUGGAGCUGGAGGCCAUGCUCUAUGAUGCCCUGCAGCAAGAAGCUGGAGCCAAGAUGGCGGAAAUCUUGUCAGAAGAGGAGCGGGAGAAGCUAAAGGUGGCAGUGGAACAGUGGAAACGCCAGGUCAUGAGCGAGCUGCGUGAGCGGGAUGCCCAGAUCCUACGGGAGCGCAUGGAGCUGAUUCAACAGGCCCAACAGAGGAUAAAAGAGCUAGAAGAGAGAAUCGAAGCCCAGAAAAGACAAAUUAAGGAACUGGAGGAAAAGAGCCAAACCAGCAAGUGGUUGCAGCCCCCUCCUUCCUGGUGUGGCUUCCAUUCCAAGCCAGCUGUCACAAUCUGUCUCCUGGGGAUUUCUGCUGUCCUGCCCCACCCCACACCCAAACUUGGAGGAAACAUUACAUGUUGGAGAUGGCUCCUUUUCCAUAUCUGCAUCCUUCAUCAGUUUGACAAUGUAGGUCCCACUGUGAUUUCUGUUUGUGGGAUCUAUUUUAAUGAAGCCAGAAGACAGCACAUGGAUAUUAAGCUUUAAAAAAAUCAUGUGGUAGUUGGAACAUUUGGUAUUUAGCAUGCAAUGGAGUGCAGAUAAUUUAGACUUUUGAAUGGACUAAGAAAGAAAGGCAAACUGCAUGAAUAAGUGAGUUUUAAGUUGGGAAGUAGUGAAGGGAGGAGAAGAUUGAAUUGCCUGAAAGUGUUUGAUGUGAAAUGUAUCAGUAUUAGAGACAGUUUUCUGCUCAUGGUGUGAAAAUCCCCAUGAAUUGGAUAGGAUUGGAAUUGUCCAGAGUUUGUAUCUGAGGGAAGUUUACUGACCCCCACCUGCAUUGAAAACUGAGGUAUAUCUUCUUUGAUGGACACAGGAUAAUUACUGGGGAAAUGUCCCAUCAACAGGUCCAUAGAGGAGAAGGGCCCAUACCUUUUUGUUGCCAUUCAACAUCAUUUAUCCCCCAUGACAAAUUGCUCAGCACUGUGAGUACUUUCAUAAGUGCUCUUUAUGUCAUAGUUUCAUAUUUCAAGCUUAAAAUAUCAUUGAAUCCUUAAUGUUCCAGUAGGUUGGAUUCCAGUGACUACAUCAGCCUCUCACAUUUGUUUUGCUUUGAGCUACAGUGAAUGCUAUUCCCUUUGAAGCUGAACUGCUCUGGAACUCUUGGAUUGAAAUUCAAUGGAAUGUACUAUGCAGGAAUUUCUAAAUAGGCCUUAAAUUAAAUGCCCACUAGGCAGCCCUAGUUUUCUUCUAGGGGAGCCCUGGUGCUUCAGUGCUGCUAUUUGCUGGCCCACUGUGGGUCUGUAUGAGAGCAUUUGGUGCCCCAACCAGUGUCAAGACAUGUGUUUGAAGGGAGCUGAAGUACAUUUCAUUUUUCUUUACCUAGAUUAUGAUUUCGCAUGUUGUAGAUAUGUCUAAAAUACUCCUUUCUCCUGCCCCAUAAACUUCACCCCAUAAACAUAGCUUUUUUUAAAAAUAAAAAAGUUAACUGUAUAGGAAAGAAAAGCAUGUAAAUAAGUCUUGAUACCUAAAAAAAUGUCAAUGUUUAUAUGUAAAAAGGUAUGUAUAUAGAAAAGAAAAAAAAAGGCUGGUUGAAUGUUUUCGAGAAUAGCGCCCCAACCCAAAGGCUGAGAAGUGGCCAGUCUGGAUCUCUUCUGAGGCCCAGCUGAUCUAUCACAUACAGCCUCUUCUGUUGCUUGUUUCCCUGCUUUCAGUACAUUCAUUUUGAUGUGAGGCCUCGGUCUUACUGAUGGGUACAUGCACCGUCUUUGAAUCUUAUCCUCCAAACAUGAAGUUUUUCAGGGGAGGAUUUCAGGCUAAAUGAAGGUUCUUCAUGGACCUUUUUUGAGCCUUGUAGUUCCAGGAACAACUCCAAAGCCUAAGUAUUUCCAAAUCACGGUGCAUCUCCCCAUCCUCGUUUUUACCCACUAUUCAAAGACAAGAGGAGCUGGAUCAUUAUUUCUCUUACCUUUCUGACUACAUAUUCACACAUCUGAAUUGAUUACUAAUAUACUAAGUGCUUUCUUUGGGAACUUAAGGAACCCAUUCAAAUGCAUUUCUUCUUAAUAGAGCUCCUGAAGAAAUGCUAAAGUCACCAGAGGUGUUUCAUUAAGAAAUAUGAACUACACACUCACUAUGAUCAUUAUCCCCAUGCUAUGUUGAGAACACAAACAACAAUAUGUGUCUUCCUGAGUUUAUCUAAACUAAGCCCCCUUAAAUUGCCAUGUCAUUUGCUGAUGACAGCGCAUUUCAGAUCUGUGCUCUAAGGGCCAAGCUGGUGAAGGCCUAUGGUAGGAUUUAAAGGACUCCCCAGUAAUAGCUGUAGCCUUCAGUAUGGCCCGAGUGCCUUACACAGCUUGUCAGCCUGGAUCCUGGUACCUAGGAAUCUGCCUGAGCCCCCCACCUUCCUCUCUCCUGUUUCCUCUCUUUCUCUCUCUCCUGUUCUCUUCUCUCUUUUCCCUCCUUCCUCCCUCUCUAUCUCUCUCUCUUUCAAUGUGGCAGUUUAAAAGCAAAUGCAAUUGUCAUCAUCAUGGACAUCUUAAGAAUUAGCAUAUGUUUCAGCCCACAUAUGAAUUGAUUUAGUUUAAACUCAGGCAAUCAUAGUGUGAAUACAUGUAUUAAAUUAUGGGUUUAUUGACUACCUUUUUUUUACAAAAGCUUUAUUGUACAUUUAUGCAGUAUCUGAGUUCUCAUGACAAAUGUGCCAUGACUUACUUGCAUUUUCUCCGUUAAUAUCUUAAUAACCCCAUUCUACACAUAUAAUUGUUUGUUUAGCGCUAUGACUGUAAUUUGCAGGUCUAAAAGAGAACUGGAUGUUGAUCAACUCCAAAAUUUUACACAUAUUUUUGUAUUGUGAUUCAUAUGAUAUAUAUGAGAAUUUCUAUUCAUUUGUAAAAUAAUAAAUUAUUGCAAACUUUUUAAUAAAAAAAGUUUGAAACCUUUAAAAUAGCAAAGAAGUUUCCCACCCCACUGCCUGGGAGGAAGGAGGAUGGAAUUUAUC